AUGAAGCAUGAGAGGCGAAGGUUCGUGUGCGAAUUUCUCCUUACGGCACCCCAAGCAUUAGUAGCAGCUUUGCAGCUUCAUGCCAGAAGCUUCCUCCCGCUCCGAAGUCCGAAACCAUCCGAAACUUUCUUGUUUUCUGAAGAGGCCCUCCAGUGGCUUUGCACCCACGGGGACGCAAAGAUCACCAGCCACCCGGUCGUCUGCUUGGCUGCUGACACAGUCUGGUUUCGCUUCGCCGUCUUCUACUUCAUUCUGGGACGGUUCUACUUCCUGCUCACGGCCUUGGUCUUCGCCACCAGCCAAGCCUUUCUCUUUCAUCACGAUUAUAAGGAGACCUUCGAGGAGAAUAUCGUCACCCUCUGCUGCCGCGUCUUUAUCUAUCUGGGCUGUUUACCAUCGAUGAUGUUCAACCUCACCAGGAAGCUGUACGGCGACUUUAAGCAGGGAUCCGUCACACGCGUCUGCGGAUGUUGCCCGAUGCCUGACAGCUUGAAGAGUUUUCAGGUGGUCGGUCAGCUUGGUCUGAUGUGGACCUUCGUGUUCAUGUUUGCCCUGGAGCCCAUUACUUACUGUGUCAACUCCCGCGCGGCCUCGAACUAUGAGCUGUUCUCGGUGCUUUGUCCCGAGGGGCAACAGAUCAUGGACGUCUACUCCAUCCUGAGCUCCAUUGCUCUGCUGAUAUACUGGUUCCUCCUUACCGAUUUCAGCCUCCUGUCCAUGCGCGUGUCGGCCUUCUUGCUGGUUUGCUUCUACCUGAUCUCCGAGGUGGUUCUCUUCGUCCUGGCUUUGACCUUUCUUAUCUUGGCCUUCUCGACUGCCAUCUCAGCGUUGAACCACCACAUUGAAGACUUCGAGACUGUUCCCGCUUGGAUGCGUGCUCUCCUCCAGAUUUCUUUGGGCAUGUUCCCGAAUACGCAUUACGACGACUUCCAAGUGGAGGUAACUGUGCUGGUGGCCAUCUCCGUGUUUGUCGCUUUAGUCUUCAUCUUCUUGGUGAACCUGCUGAUAGCGCAGCUCAACCAGGCAUACCAUAACAUGUUUGAAGACAUCUACGGCAACGCGCGCCUCACCCGAGCCGCUGUUAUCGUGCAGGUGAUGGCCCAGGUGCCACGAAAACGCUGGCAGAAUUUCCUCAAGAGGCUCGCCUUCGAUCAGCCGCUGGAAUUCAACGAAGGUGACGUGGGAAUUGCUGGAGGCAUUCAAAUUCUGGAGCCUGCGAGCGCAAAAAUCGUCACCUCGGACGCUGUGAAGCGUUACGGCGGCUCGACAGCUCCGACAAUGCCUUGGCCAGUUGAGGAGACAGCCAACCUCACCGAUGAGGAUCGCUUCGAUCGUCUGGAAAAGAUGAGUCUUGAUUGCGAAGGUGACUUCAGCCAGGGGCAAGGAUCGUCGAAGAGGAGGCUCCGCUGCUGGAUCAAAGGCGAGCCAUUUGGGCUCUUCCAUGGGCAGCUCCAACGCCAGUUCUUAAGGUGUUUCCCACGCCGCUGUUCGGUGAGAACAAGGAUUCUGCGACCUCAGUCACUCGCAGCGUUCGGCUGCCCGUUAGACUUCCGAUCAGCAAGCUUUCUGAAUGCUGCAGACGAAGCUGCUGAUUCAGACGCAGCCUCCAUUACCGUGGAGGAGGAAGGCAAGGAAGUGCUGGAGGAGGCCCGUGCUGCUGAAACAGUGGCAAAACGUGCCGUACGCUUCGCUUGGGGAGCGGUCUUCAUUUGCGGCAUCGGCGUGAGCAUUGAUAUCAUCGGGGCGAGCUUGGACUACCGGGCGACUUUGCGAGCCAAGGAGGACCUGGACGAGGAGGAAGCCGAUCUGGAGGUACCCAUCUCAGGCCACAGGUUGGCCACGCUGGCUCCACCAAACGGAGGCCUGGCGCAGACGGCCUUGACCAGCUCCUAUCCAAAGCUGGAAGGUCUGCAGCCUGAGCCGGCCCCUGCCCUGACUGGCAGUGUUCAGCAGGUUCCUCUCCAGACGCUGCUGCCCGGGCAAAGCCCCAGGCCGUACUACAGCUACACUGCACCGCCUCCAGCACCGCCGGCAAUGCUCGCCAGGGGCCAGCCAUCUGCUUACGUGCAGCCCUGUUCCACUGGCUAUCGGUACGCGCCCAGCGUAACGAGCAGUUACCGGGAAGCGACUUCGAAUCUUGGCAGCUUCAAUGUGCCAGCGACACCGGCAGAAGGUGCUCCCCGCUACUCCCUGCCCGCUGCCUCAAGCCCGACGCGGCAUCCAGGGCUUCCCACCGAGCCGGUUCAGCUUCCCGUCCCGCUGCAGCCGGCCGCCGUGCAGUCGGGCGAAGUGCAAUCGACGGUAGUUCCCGAUCUGCGACUCCGGUCUGAGCUGCCUCGCGCGGCAUUGCCUGCCAGCCAGGUGCUCACAACCGGACAAAACGGGCUGCCUGCAGUCUCAGGGGCCAGAGCAGCCAUCAGUUUGCCCGGUGUUGUGCAGAACAAGCUGGCAGCCUCGCUGGCGACCUCUCAGCUUGUGGCUACAGAGUCUCCCAGCUUGGAACGCACAGAGAAGCCGGCGGUGGAGGUUCUCUCGCCGACGAAGGUUCUCUCGCCAGCGCACGGACUGCUGCGAACCGACCUUGGGAUUCAACUUGGUGGCGAUCUGCCAAAGGGGCUGACAUCGCCAGAGGCCAAAGCGGUGCCGAGCUACGCAGCGUCCAACGGUGGCUCGUCCACCGCGCGCUCGCUUGGAAGCCCUGGAAGGCUUCGCAGCAAGCUGCCUCCGGCGGAUGAAGGUGGCUCUCACGCGGCCGGGCUUUCGAAGCGCCUCUCCGCCGGAGCCGACGAUGUGGUCAACACCCGGGAUCGCUACAGGGGUGAGCCCAAGGCGAAGCUCGGCGGCUUCUUCGACUGCUUGUCCUGCUUCUCAGGUUUGUUCCAGAAGAAGAAGGAGGAGAUGGAGGCUGUGGAUGUCAUCCUGGUUGGAGGUGGCAUUAUGAGUGCAACCACUGGCCUGCUCUUGAAGCAGCUGGAGCCAAGCUGGCGCAUUGUGAUGAUCGAAAGGCUGGAUGCUGUUGCUCAGGAGAGCUCGAAUGCCUGGAACAAUGCUGGGACCGGUCACUCUGCCCUGUGCGAGCCAAACUACACUCCACAGGCUGGCAAGCACGUUGACAUUCACAAGGCUGUCACUGUCAAUGAGAACUUUCAGCUCAGCCGCCAGUACUGGGCCUACUUGGCCAAGACUGGCUUGCUGCCUCAGCCGGAGCGAUUUAUCCAUACCACGCCGCACAUGACCUUUGCACGUGGCGAGGACCAGAUCUCUUGGCUGAAGAAGCGUUUUGAUGCGCUGAAAAGCCACACCCUCUUCGAAGGUAUGGAGUACUCGGAGGACAGGAAGACGAUGGAAGAAUGGGCACCCCUUAUGAUGGCGGGCCGCAAAGAGACAGAGAGGUGUGCACUCUCGCGGGUGCCCUACGGCACCGACGUCGAUUUCGGCGAACUCACGAAGGAGCUCACGAAAGCCUUCCUGGCGCUGGGGGGCGAAGUCCAGCUCAGAACGACUGUGUCGGAUCUUCAUAAGGAUGAGACUGCUCUCUACGACGAAUCCUGGAUCGUCAGCACGAGGUCGGAGGGGUCCGAGGUGGGUCCGAGGUGGAUCCGAGGCAUCACCUCAGCGCCACCAUUUCGUCCACAGCACCUACUACCACUGCGCUUGCUGGAGGAACGCCCGCGGCGGGCGACGUGGGAGAACGCCAUUCCGCCCACGUCGGGCGACUUGGCUGGUGAGCCCGAGCGGAGACGUGCUCGCCUCCUCCGGCGCCACUGUCGACGGUGA